AUGCCUCUCAUCGCGCAAAACCCGAAUGACCGCAUCAUCCUGGGAUUGAUGACCUUUGGCCCUGAUGCAUCUUCUGGAGCUCGUGUCACAGAUCACGGUGAAUUUACAAAGCAUCUUGACUACUUCCAAUCGAAGGGUUACGAUGAAAUCGACACAGCUCGCAUGUAUGUUGGCGGCAAGCAGGAGGGCUGGACACGCGACGCAAAAUGGAAGGAUCGAGGCUUCACCCUUGCGACCAAGGUGUACCCCUACAAGGCAGGAGUCCACGAGCCUGAGUCGUUGAAGGAGCAUUUCAGCACCUCCUUGAAAGAGCUGGGCACAGAUGCCGUGGACAUCUUCUACCUGCAUGCACCGGACAGAUCGGUGCCUUUUGAGAAGACCUUGGAGGCAGUCAACGAGCUGCACAAAGAGGGGAAGUUUAUCCAGCUCGGUCUCAGUAACUACGCUGCUUGGGAGGUAGCGGAGAUCUGGAACAUCGCGAAUGAGCGGGGUUGGGUAAAGCCGACAAUCUACCAGGCGAUGUAUAACGCCAUCACUCGCGCCAUCGAACCUGAGCUCAUCCCAGCUUGCCGCAAGUACAAGAUCGAUGUUGUCGUGUACAACCCUCUUGCUGGUGGCCUAUUCUCCGGCAAAAUCAAGUCCACUGACGCUGUCCCCGACGACGGUCGCUUUGGUAAAGAAGCCGACCGCGUCGGCACUAUGUACCGCGAACGCUACUUCAAGAAAGGCACGUUUGAUGCUUUGAAGAUUGUUGAAAACGCCGCACAGAAGCACAACUUAACUCUUCUCGAGAUUGCAUUGAGAUGGACAAUCCACCACUCAGAGCUCAAGACAAGGGUGAAGGGCGGCAACGAUGGUGUUAUCAUUGGUGUGAGCAGCUUCGGUCAGCUGGAAGGAAACCUGGCAGAUAUUGAGAAGGGCCCACUGCCGGAUGACGUUGUUCAGUCGUUGGACGAGGCCUGGCUGGUUGCAAAGGCCACGGCUCCAACUUAUUUCCGUUAA